ACUUGGCUCUGUUCCAAGGCCAUUUUUACUUACCUGACUUACCUGGUUGGGUUCCUUUUGCGUCCGGGGAGGAAAAUGGUGGAGAAAGUGAGAGAGGAAGGUGUUUAGCAGUAUCACUUAUACAACUUCGGCUUAAAUUGCUUAGUUCACAAUUAUCUAAAUAGUCUCUACUCGGUUUCCAUAAAGAAGAAUCAUGUCAAGUCCUCGCACAAGAAGAGUUUUACAAGACCUUCGUACCCAGAAUGACAACAACCGGUGUUUCGAGUGCCAGGGCCACAACCCCCAGUGGGCCUCGGUCAGCCUGGGCAUCUGGAUCUGUCUGGAAUGUUCCGGCAAACACCGUGGCCUGGGCGUCCACCUAUCGUUUGUCCGAUCGCUCACCAUGGACAAGUGGAAGGACAUCGAACUGGAAAAGAUGAAGGUUGGCGGUAACCGAAAGGCUCGGGAAUUUCUGGAGGCCCAGGAUGAUUGGGAUGAGACGCUGCCGAUCGCUCAGAAAUACGCUUCAAAGGCAUGCACUCUUCUGAGGGAAAAGAUCAGCACGGAGGCCGCCGGUGGUACGUGGGACGCGGCCAAGGCGGCAGCGGCGGCGGCGCGCACCCCGAGCCGCUCCCUGGCUCCCGCGUCGAGCGGGAUGCACCGGAGCGCCUCGACGCCCAACACUGGCCGCUACGGCGGUAGCGGCGGAGGCGGAGGGUACUCGUCCGGCGGCGGAGGCUACUCGGGCGGUGGAGGAUACCAGGCUGACGGCGCCGGCAUGGGUGGGUACCAGAGCGGCGGCGGCCGGGCGCAGGACUUCAACGACCAGAAGGCGGCCUUCUUCGCGCGCGUGCAGCAGGAGAACGCCAGCCGACCUGACCACCUGCCGCCGUCGCAGGGCGGCCGGUACUCCGGGUUCGGUAACACCGUGGACCCGCCGCCCCGGCAGCAGUCCAACGAGGUGAUGGACAACGCCCUGCAGGCGCUGGCCAGCGGCUGGUCGAUGCUCUCUAUCGGAGCCACCCGGCUGGCUCGCACCACCACCGACUCUGCCGUCCGGCUGUCUGCCUCGGCCUCCGAGAAACUCUCAGAGGUCUCUCAGACCGUCACGGAGAAGGUGCGCGAAGGUAAACUGGGAGACGAGCUGCUGACUCAGGCCUCCUCGCUGACUGGGAAGGUGACCGAGAUCGGUAAGCGCGGCAUGGGCUCGCUGCAGACCUGGGUUGGCGGACAGAACCGGCUCGAGUACGAGACUCCGGGAGACGCGCGCGGCGAGCGCUCCUCUCUGCUCUCAUCGAACGGCGCGGCGGGCAGCGACGGCUACCAGCAGCUGGGCACGUCCAGGGGUGACCAGGGCAGCGCGCCGCUCAUGUCCGGGGACAACGGCGGCGACUCCUGGGGCUGGAGCUCGUCACCCAGCAAAACGUCACCGUCUACCGACGCCCAGUGGGGCUCGGGCGCCGCCUGGGAUGACGCCCAGAUAGCAGCUCCCAAAACAAAGGCCGCGAAGGAGGCCAAGUCCCGCACCAAGAAGGCCGGCGGGAGCGACCAGAAGAGUCUGAUCGACCUCGGCGGAGAGAGCAAGGAGGACGAGUGGCAGAGCUGGGAGGACGACGCCUGGGCCAGUCUAGAGCGCAAGUGAAUCUCCUGCAGCUCCCUGCGAUUGGGUUAGAGUGGCGAUGGGUGCGGCAAUGGCGGGCGGCGGUGGCGGUAGGGGACGGCGAGAAGAGACAUGCCAUUGGAUUCGAGACGGUGGAAAUAGUUGAAGGGACGCAAUGGGGUCCCGUGGUUUGACAGAGGGAUCCAGGGUGGCUGUUGGUGUUCGUAUGUGGUCCAGGCCUCAGAAGGCCGCGAAAGUCAAAUCUGGUCCCCUGUGAUACCAGGAACCUGAUGGGAAUAGCCGACUACGUCAGCCAUACCACGGACGUUGGACACCCUCACCGGAGUGCGUCAACGCCUCGCUCCGCCUGUCGCCCUGUCCCGCCUGCCGCCCGGUUAGCAAUGUCUCCCCCACGCUGACGUCCACGCCACAGCCCAGCGUCGCUAGUGUGCCGUCGUGCUGGAGAAUCUAUCGGAUGGGAGGCGCGUGCCGUCACUGUGACCCGUCUCGCCGUAAUGGCAUACUGACCGUGCCCGGGCAUCUUCUGUCCUCUUUAUGAGGCCCAUGCUCGACGGACAUGACUGAACGUCGGACGCGUGUCUACGAGCUCCAUCUGUCUAGGGACCGUCAAAACAGAGCUGCAUAUCGCACGCACAUGGCUGUUAGCGACAGCGCCCGGACGGACCAUCCUUUCUCCGUACCGACAAUGUUGAGUGCGAGGUGUGCCGUGAAUGCGCUCGCUGGAUGAUAUGAAGACACUCGGGUACCGGAAGGCUUAUUUUUAGGUGCGAGUGUGCCGCGCCUGAGAGCUCCAAGUGAUGGGUGUUGUGGGUGGGUGCGAUCGGUAGAGAUCGUUCUGUCUGGGUGUUCGUGUUGACAUGGGACGGGCGAGAUAGGCCUGCUUCCACCGGUCGAGAAGAGUACUGAAUGGAUCAUUGAAGUGGUCAUUUUCCUGUGGAUAUAUUUAUGCUGCAGACAGCCCUAUGUCGUUGGCAAAUCUAGAUAUAUUAUGACAAAUCUGGGCGGUGUACCGUGUAAUGUACUCGUACUCGGAGCGUAUUCAUUGCCCCUAGCUAAUUUUAUUUUUGGUAAUGAAUGCUUUACACGUAGUGGCAGCAACGGCCCCAUCUGGUUACUUUCAGAUUAUUCCGCUACUAGUGAAAUGUGUGCCGUAAUUCUCGGUAAGGAGCUCGGCUCCUCCACUUAUCAGCUAUUCUGUUUACUUUGGGCGUGCAAUGCUCAUAUAUGAGUACGUUAAUGAUAUGUUCCAUUCCAUACAGGAGAUAUUUCUACGAGUGAUGCAUGGUAAGCGAACGGCUUUUAUGGGGAAAUGUCAAAAUAACCUGUUGGUAAAUGAAUCAUUGUUCUCUGUAAAUGUUGGCGACUGCUAACUCGUCGUUCGGUUAACUAUCAUCCCUGUUGCCGGAGCCGAUCGCUUCUCUGUGCUCGGCAGGGACGGCGGUGCGGGGCAGUGUCCGCUCGGGUUGUGUGGUGACGCGGCCGUCAGUCCGGGCCGUCUGUGACGCGGUGUGAGGGGCGGCAGACACUGACGUGGUGCUGGGGAGGGUGCCGCCGGCGCUGGGGGUCUGUUCGGGGAACUGCUAGCGGCGCAGUGCGAGCGUCGUCAGCGCCUCUGGUCGUCUCUGUCCACUGUUGACGUUGUGAGCGUGAAUAGAUCUUUAUGCGGCGCGA